AUGGCAGCCGCUGCAGAUUCAUCCUGCCUGUCGGAGCUCGGCGGGCUCCCCAACAGGAACACCAGCCUCAUCUCCGGCACGCGACCCUGCAACCGGAGCACCGUCAGGACCUCGCCUUACACCCCACAAGCCACCGCAGCCUUUGCCAUCGCCAUCACCUUCAUGAUGAUCGUAACCAUUGUUGGGAACAUCCUGGUCAUCAUCGCCGUCCUGACGUCACGAUCCCUCAAGGGGGCUCAGAACCUCUUCCUGGUGUCACUGGCUGCAGCGGAUAUUUUAGUGGCCACGCUUAUUAUUCCCUUCUCGUUGGCUAACGAGCUGCAGGGCUAUUGGGCAUUUAGCUCCAUUUGGUGUGAAAUCUACCUGGCACUGGACGUUCUCUUCUGCACCUCCUCCAUUGUGCACCUGUGUGCGAUAGCGCUGGACCGCUACCUGUCGAUCUCUCGGCCUGUGUCCUACGGCGCCAAACGCACUCCCAUACGAAUCAAGGCGGCCAUUAUCAUUGUCUGGCUGAUCUCCGCGGUCAUCUCUUUCCCUCCUCUUCUCACCCUGGACAAAAGCGAAGGAGGCGAGGAGGUGUGCGAACUAAACAACGAGCGCUGGUAUAUUCUCUACUCCACCAUUGGUUCGUUCUUCGCCCCCUGUGUGAUAAUGAUUCUGGUCUAUGUGAGGAUUUAUCAGAUCGCUAAGCAGCACACUCGCUGCCCGCCAGGACAGAAGCACAAAGCGGUGGCGACCAGUGGGCCUCGAAAGUUAUCCAAGCCGGCAAAACAGAACGGAGAUCAAGGAGGUACGACUAAAGGAGAAGAAGAUAAAGUCCAGACCAGGAUGUCUGGCUCAGAUUCUACCCCAUCAGCACCUGGGAAUCCCACGAGCCACGACACUCAGCACUACCCCCCUAAUUCAAGCACCGCUCCAGUCCCAAAAUCCACCUCCUCCCCCACAAUCCCCCAACAUGAAAGCCAAAUCAUCUCAGCAGUUCCCCACAAAGAGUCCCAGACACGUCCUGGCGAAGGGGGUGAAGCACUUCCCAACAACACCUCCAGCUCGGACUCUGACGGCGAGCUGGAGGCAGGUGAGGAGGGAGUUCUCAGGGCUGACGGCAAAGAAAAGACAAACAAGACCGGCGAGCAGACUUUGGGAUUGUCCCAAAGCAAAGGGUUUAAAGCUCAGGUGCUAAACCUGACCUGCAAAUACAAAAACACUAUGGCCACAUCGUCAGGCAUCAAACUGGUACCCGAGGACACGCCUAAAAUUCAGGGGACGCCUAUCUCCCGCCGCAAGGCCAUGGUGAACCGGGAGAAGAGGUUCACCUUCGUGUUGGCUGUGGUGAUGGGAGUGUUUGUGAUCUGCUGGUUCCCUUUCUUCUUCUCUUACUCUCUUCAGGCGGUGUGCCCUGAGACUUGCAGCAUCCCCAACCCCUUGUUUAAAUUCUUUUUUUGGAUUGGCUACUGCAACUCCUGCCUGAACCCGGUCAUAUACACCAUCUUCAACAACGAUUUCAGGAAGGCCUUCAAGAGGAUACUGUGCCGGGACACAAAGGGUACGUUCUUCUAG